CAUCCAAAUAAAGAAAGCCUAAAAAGGUAACGAUUUUUUUUGUGUUGUGGUUGUUGUUAAACAGAGAUAAGAUUCCCCAAUUUAAGGGUAAAAAAAAAAAUAUUCUGAAGAAGAUUCUCAAGGACAGUGAAAAAUGGCGACGGACUUCAAAUCUCUACCAGUCAUCGACAUAUCUCCUCUACUUCUCAAGUGUGAUGAUCCCGACAUGGCGGAGGAUGCUGGCGUGACAGAGGUUGUCCGGCAACUUGAUAGAGCUUGCCGGGACGCCGGAUUCUUCUACGUGCAGAUAGGUCAUGGGAUCUCAGAGGUUCUUAUCAAUAGAGUCAGAGAGAUCACGCGUGAGUUCUUUAAGCUUCCUUAUGAAGAGAAACUUAAGAUCAAGAUGACUCCAGCUGCUGGCUACAGAGGAUAUCAGAGAAUUGGAGAAAAUGUAACUAAGGGAGUACCAGAUAUCCACGAAGCCAUUGAUUGUUACAAAGAGUUAAAGCAAGGGGAGUAUGGUGAUACAGGAAAGGUUAUGGAAGGCCCAAACCAGUGGCCAGAGAAUCCUCAAGAGUUUAAAGAUUUGAUGGAAGAGUAUAUUAAGCUCUGUAUAGAUCUUUCUACAAAGAUCUUGAGAGGAAUCUCCAUAGCUCUUUGCGGAUCACCUUAUGAGUUUGAAGGAAAGAUGGCUGGUGAUCCUUUUUGGGUUAUGCGUCUUAUUGGCUAUCCAGGUGCUCCUUUCACAAAUGGCAAACCGGAAAAUGAUAUCGGAUGUGGAGCUCACACUGACUAUGGCUUGUUAACUCUUGUGAAUCAAGAUGAUGACAAAACUGCACUUCAGGUGAGAAACUUUGGCGGCGAUUGGAUAUCAGCCAUUCCUAUUCUUGGAUCAUUUGUUUGCAACAUUGGUGACAUGUUAAAGAUACUUUCAAACGGAAUAUACGAAUCUACACUUCAUAGAGUGAUCAAUAGCUCUCCUCAAUACCGUGUCUGUGUCGCAUUCUUCUACGAGACUAACUUCGACGCGGUGGUGGAGCCAUUGGAUAUAUGUAAACAGAAGUACCCUGGAGGGACAGGAGGAUCCCAAGUUUUCAAAAGAGCUGUCUAUGGAGAGCAUCUGGUAAGCAAAGUCCAGACCAACUUUGCUAUGUAAUGUGAAGAUAGAUCUUCUCACCUUCUUUGUAUACUUCGUGUAAUAAUAGAAUGUUUGAUUUGUAAUAAUAGUAAGGUGCUUCUUCACUUCUGUGUUAUCAAUCGAUAGACAUGUUGAUCUGUAAUAAUAGUAAGGUGCUUCUUAA